GCCCGGAUAYUGGUACCACCAGGCYCGGUGGAGRCCCAUGUCUGGGGAAGGGCCCUGGAUCACAGUCAUGCUCAACUACGACGGGGGAGAUGAAGUGAAGAUGAAGAUUAACGUGGAAGGGGCAAAAGAAGUGGAGAUGCGGACGGACGGAAAACUACAGGAUGCGAUAACRGAGGCAAAAGACUGUGCGGAGAGGCGYUGCAGGAGGGACGGAGUGACUGCAAGGUUGCAGGUAACGGUCUCGUAUCAUGAGACCGAGACCUCAAUGGACACAGCGGACCUGGAACAGGCCCACGUGGACAGGGACUCAGGCGGUGAGAGUGAAAUGAGCGAAGCGGGAGACCGGGAGACAGAUCUCACGUCCUGGAAUAGACCAGGCGAGAUCCAGAGGCAUCACCGGGCCGUGAGGCCGGUUGAAGAGGGACCUGAGGUCAGCUCUCGACAGCUGACGCCAGAGGCCGCGGGACGAGUGAGAAGCAAAACAGGGGGAAAGGAUGCGUGUGAGAAGGGAGCGUCCGCAGAGGGUCAACACGUGCUAGUCCGAGANCCAGAGGCCGCGGGACGAGUGAGAAGCAAAACAGGGGGAAAGGAUGCGUGUGAGAAGGGAGCGUCCGCAGAGGGUCAACACAUUAGCACUUUGGCUAAGGACUGGGAGACUGAGAAUGAAAUGAAUAGAGGGAGCAAUCUGACUGCUGAAAAUAUUCUUCAAAAAGUGAUGGCUAACUUUAUGCCUGCAAGGCUUGCAACGCAUGCCGUGGAUGACAGGGGAAAUAAAAAGGCUGAAAGUGAGGAAGAUGAUGACGAUAAUGAUGACAACGAAAAUUAUGGUAAGAAGGGGGAUUCAUCCAGGCCCAAAAGGAAUGGGAAGAAUGGUGAUGGAGGAAACAGGGAGAAAUGAAAAUAUGAUGAGCGUCCUAAGAGGAGUUUUACUUGCUACUAUUGUGGCGAAGGGGGUCAUACUACCACUUAUUGCAAGCCUCUUGAGGAGGAUGUAAGAAGUGGAGUGGCAAAGAAAGAUGCGAUGGGUUAGUUCAUGAAAUAAGUUGGACCCCAGACACCUAGGAGGUAUGAGGCUUCUUGCUCUUAAACAUGAUAAAAAGAUGAAGAUUAAGAAGAAGAGAAAUGCCAAUAUGAAUGUUCAUUUCCUCAUUGGAGACUUGCCUAAUGAACUGGUACAAAGAGC